UUAAGAAUGCAACGAUAUCAAGUGUGCACUGUGUUUGUCCUUAUUCUAUUCCGGAUUUAUUCAAAUGAUGCCGAAUGGUUAAAAAAGUAUGAAGAGGACUAUCAUCGACCUACCUAUUAUAAUAAGGCCCAUAAGAGCGACAAACAUGUGGACUACAGUCAUACGUCAAUGGAAAGCCGUGAUUUGACGACAAAAACACCACGUAAUCUGUUGACAGAGUUUGAUCCAAAGAUCUACAAAAGCUACUAUGUGAAUAUUUUGAAUAGAGGGUCGGUGAUCUGUGCAGGUGCUCUCAUCUCCCGACGCAUGAUUAUCACCUCUUCACGUUGUUUUUUGCCAGACCCGAAAAAACCCACCGAAGAGUUUAAGGCUGAGGAAAUGUCUGUGAUCACAGGCAACGAUUUUGGUCCGGAUAGGAGUAAAACCUGGAAAGUGAUUGCAUUUUUUAUGCCAGCACCAAAAAAAAAUGGCAUGGGUGUCCAUGAUAUAGCACUUCUUGCAUUGCGAAAAAAGCUAAGAAAAGUCCAAUAUCGUUACAUCAAACUCUACAAUCGUAUGCCAAUGCCAGGAGCUGCUGUGACGAUGUCCUUUGUGGAUCACAAUAGCCAUGAUAUUACUUUAUACGAAAGUAAAGUCUUGAAUAUUGAUAGCUGUAACAAAACCUAUGAGAAAUUCGGUCAUCUGCACAUUCCCUUUGAUGAGGAGUUCUUCUGUGUGUCAAACAGAAAGAAAGCUGGUUGCAGCACUCGUCCUGGCGAUCCUUUGUUUAUUGAGAACAAACUCGCCGGCAUUAACAUAUAUGGCGAGCAAUGUGAUGAGCUGGAAGGAGGCCGCAAGGCUGAUGUGUAUUAUGCCAUUCGGCAUACAUUUAAAUUUAUUCAGAAGACAACGGAUAUGCUGAGAGCCUUUACAGGAACGGGUCCAUUCAACAAUUCGGCUACAACGAAAAGGACUCAACUGUUUCAAGAGACCACCACAAUUGCCACAUAUCUGAUUCACGAUUAAUUAACUCCAGAUAUCAUAAAAGCAUUUUGUAAAAUAACCAAAACAAUAAAAAGUUUGACAAGA